AGCACUCUCUGCUUCGCCAAACUACAAAUCCCAAGAGUCCAUGGCAUGGAGUCAACGGCAGUUCACGUGGUGCCCAGGUGCCCUGGUUCUACAAUGUAAGUGCCAGUGCAUGCAGCCCAAGCGGUGUCAAACUGCGUUACCUUUACCGUGUGUAUCCACCCUUAGUUCCUCCAGAGGCAAAAGGAAGAGACUGAAGGAGCUCCUCCGGAAAACUCACAGCAGCCCAGAGUGAACUCUCUUUGGCAGCAGGGCAGCCACUCCCUCGCCUUGGGUGGGCUCCUCCCAAGAGGAAGGAAAGGGAAAGAGAAGCCGAGAGAAAGCCGAGCGGAGUGGAGCCAGGCUGGAAAGGAAGAAGAGCUCCUUGGGCGCGUUUCGGACCCGUCCGAGCCAGCCCGGCUUCUGCCUCGGGAUUUCUCGUUUCUCGCGCCCGCCCGCCCGCCCGCCGCCUCUUUCGGGGGAAGAGAGGGCCAACGAAAUGAGGCUGAAGGCCUUCUGGCGGCUGCAGGAACGCUGGAAGAUCUUGAACGGAGCCUCCAGAGAUGUCAACAAGACUUUGAAAACAGCGUACAGUUUGGAGCAUUGGAAAAAGGGAGCUUUAUUCAGGAGUCGGUAUCCCAACCAAGUCAACUCCAUCGCAAUCCAGAAAUGCACCAAGACGACUGUCAGUUUCCCAGGAGAAGGAAGCCCAUCUGUGCCUCUCCAGGAUGACCUACAAACCCUGAAGAACCCAGGAGGAGAACCCAGGAGGAGCCACCUGGCGAAUACCAAACGUGGGCAAAUCUUCAAAGGGGUCUACAAAGUCCACGUGGCCACUGGGGCCUUUUUGGGUUCGGGGACCUUCGACACCAUCUCCAUCUCUCUGGUGGGCUCCAAGGGGGAGAGCCCCAAGAUGCUCUUGAACAACACGGGAAAAGACUUCAUCCCUGGAGCGGUGUCUUAUCUGUUAAGUCCAUUUUGGAUUCUGAUCCUGUCCUCCUCUUCUGAACCAAUCUUGCCAAGUUGCCUUAUGGUCACGGUGGAUGAGUAUGACAUCUCCAAUGAGGAAGACCUGGGCGACUUCUUGAUGGUCCGCCUCCACAAAGACCCCUACCUCUUUUUCCCCGAAGACAGCUGGUAUUGCAGUUUUGUCCAGAUCACGACGCCCCAAGGAGAGACCUACCAUUUCCCAUGCUACCAAUGGAUGGAGGGGUACCGGACCCUGGAAUUGAGGGAAGGGACAGCGAAACUGAUCUGCGACGAUGCCGGCUCUCCUCUGCUUCUCCAGCAUCGGUCGGAGGAGCUGAAAUCAAGGCAGGAGGCUUACAGGUGGGAUGUAUUUGCUCCUGGGAUGCCUCGGUGCCUGGAGGUGGAAAGCCUGGAAGAGAUGGACACCAACUCAAAGUUCAACUUCACCAAAAUCAGCGGCUUCCUGCUGAAGUCCAAGCUCACCACGCUGGAAUUGAAAUUAAAGGGAUUCAUGAACCGCACAGAGUCUUGGAAAAAGUUGUCAGACAUGAGGAACAUCUUCUGGUUCAACAAGACGCCCGUUUCAGAAUAUGUUGCUGAACACUGGGAGGAAGAUACUUUCUUUGGCUACCAGUAUCUGAAUGGUGUCAACCCCGUGGUCAUUGAGAAAUGCAAGGAGAUCCCAUCCAAUUUUCCGGUCACCCAGGAGAUGGUCGCUGGGUCCCUUGCAGAGUCUACAACGCUCCAGGAAGAAGUGCAGAAGGGGAACAUCUUCAUUGUGGAUUAUGAGAUCCUGCAAGGCAUCCCAACCAACACGAUUGAAGGCGAGCGGCAGUAUUUGGCGGUUCCUCUCUGCCUCUUCUACCAGACGCCAACCAGGGACCUCAUCCCCAUUGCCAUCCAGCUCAGCCAAACCCCGGGUCCUGAGAGCCCCAUUUUCCUCCCCAGCGACUCCAAAUGGGACUGGAUCUUGGCAAAGAUGUGGGUGCGGAACGCGGACUUCCACGUCCACCAGAACAUCUCUCACCUCCUGCGGACACACCUGAUGGCUGAGAUCUUUUCGAUGGCUGCCCUCCGGCAACUGCCCAUGUGCCACCCGCUCUUCAAGCUGCUAAUUCCUCACUUGCGAUAUACUCUCCAGAUCAACACUUUGGCCAGAGUCAGGCUGAUCAAGGAAGGAGGCAUGAUGGAUAGGGCCACGUCGGCCGGCUUCGAAGGGAUCGUGCCUUUGGUGGCCAAGGGGGCUUCCAGGCUGACCUACUCUUCUCUCUGCCUCCCGGAAGACAUCGAAGCCCGCGGAGUCUCCGCAGUGGCCAACUAUUACUACCGGGACGACGCCACGAAGAUUUGGGCCGCCAUUGAAAUCUUUGUGAGGGACAUGGUCAGGUACUACUACUGGAGUGAUGACCGCGUCCAGAACGACCCAGAGCUCCAAGCCUGGAUCCAGGAGGUCUUCAGGGAAGGCUUCCAAAGCAGGGAGAACUCAGGCGCCCCUUCUUCUCUGCAGACGAUGGAAGAGCUCUCCAAAUUCCUGACGAUGGUGAUUUUCACCUGCUCAGCUCAACAUGCCGCAGUCAACAGCGGUCAGUUUGACUUUGGCUCCUGGAUCCCCAACGUCCCGCCCACCAUGCGGAAACCCCCGCCCACCAAGAAGGGGACCGCAACUUUGGAGAACAUUCUUAAUAUCCUUCCUCCGGUCAACAUCACCUGCCUUGCCUUGACUUCUCUGUGGCUUCUAAGCAACGAGGUGGGAGACCGGAGACUAUUGGGAAACUUUCCAGAUGAACAUUUCUCCGAGUCCGAGCCAAAGCGCCUCAUAAGAGUCUUUCAAAGCCGCCUGGCCGAAAUUUCUCACGGAAUUGACGAGAGGAACAAGUCACUGGCGCUCCCGUAUGAAUACAUCAACCCCCCUCGGGUCGAGAACAGCAUCCAGAUCUAAAACCUCAGAGGAUGAUGUCUGGAUUUUGUCAUUGCUCGGGCAUCAUCCAUCUCCAUGAAACUCGGUUAUAUGACAUGCAGAUCCGCCGCAUUUCUCAAAAACUCUUCUCCUGGGAAGUGGUGAGAUUUUGCACAACUAGGCUUGGCUUUCUGGAGAGCAGGAACAGAGAUGUCGGCGCAAAUGCGGAACCCAAAGAACAUUGGUGGCCCUCGGGUUUGUCUUGUGGGCCCUCAGUCUAGUUUCAAAGGUCUCUGGCAAGCAGACAUUCAAAUCUCUUUGUAGAGUCAUCUAUCUGUUCUCCAACAGCCUGGAGUUUAAAGGGUUUCAGAGACAGAAAAGUUAGGUUUACUGGUUUUGGGUUCUGUUUCCCAAAUAUGAGCCAGUCUCCCCAUCCCCUAAAAGUAGUUGCCAUUAAUUGGUUUAACCUAGGCAUGGGCAAACCUUGGCCCUCCAGGUGUUUGGACUUCAACUCCCACAAUUCCUAACAACCUACCGGCUGUUAGGAAUGGUGGGAGUUGCAGUCCAAAACACCCAGAGGGCCCAAGUUUCCCCAUGCCUGGUUUAACCCUUUACUUCCCCCAAGAUGCUGCUAGGUUGCUGUGAAAGUAUGUUCAUAGCAACCUUCCAUGCCGAUAACACUGUUUCGGCAUAGAUGAUUUCACCUUCUACGCUGACGACAUAGUCUUAUGUUUGCUUUUUUCUAUGGGUGCAAUUCUGGCUCAUUCUGUCAAUUCAGGGGGCAGUCUUCAUUUCACUUUGGACCUCAUCAUUCUUCCUCAUUAAUGUUUUGCACGAUUACCGGCAGUUUCAAAUAUCUAUGGCAAACAGCUUUUCAAGUCUUUCACAAGAGUCUUCUGUCCUUUCUUCAACAGUCUAAACUAGGCAUGGGCAAACUUCAGC